AUGACGCACCAGCCGCAGGGGCCACCACCCCGGGGCCAGUGCGUGGCCAUUGCCAAGGCACUGGUGGUGGUCCCUGGUAAAGAACGUGGUAAUAGAACAACACAGAUGACUUUUGCUUCUGACUUUACUAAUGCUCUUAUUAAAAGUGCUGCUUUUGACACAAAAACUGGGUUACGUGUGGCCGUGAAGAAGCUCUCCAGACCGUUUCAGUCCAUCAUUCAUGCCAAGAGGACCUACCGAGAGCUGCGGCUGCUCAAGCAUAUGAAGCAUGAAAACGUGAUCGGUCUGUUGGAUGUUUUUACACCGGCAAGGUCUCUGGAGGAAUUCAAUGAUGUGUAUCUGGUGACCCAUCUCAUGGGGGCAGAUCUGAACAACAUUGUGAAAUGUCAGAAACUUACGGAUGACCAUGUUCAGUUCCUUAUCUACCAGAUUCUCCGAGGUCUCAAGUAUAUACAUUCAGCUGACAUAAUUCACAGGGACCUGAAGCCUAGUAAUCUAGCUGUGAAUGAGGACUGUGAGCUGAAGAUCUUGGAUUUCGGCCUGGCUCGACACACAGAUGAUGAAAUGACAGGCUAUGUGGCCACCAGGUGGUACAGGGCUCCUGAGAUCAUGCUAAACUGGAUGCAUUACAACCAGACAGUUGACAUUUGGUCGGUGGGAUGCAUAAUGGCCGAGCUGCUGACUGGAAGAACAUUGUUUCCUGGUACAGACCAUAUUAACCAGCUUCAGCAGAUUAUGCGUCUGACGGGGACACCCCCUGCUUAUCUCAUUAACAGGAUGCCAAGCCAUGAGGCAAGAAACUACAUUCAGUCUUUGACCCAGAUGCCGAAGAUGAACUUUGCAAAUGUGUUUAUUGGUGCCAACCCCUUGGCUGUCGACUUGCUGGAGAAGAUGCUUGUACUGGACUCGGACAAGAGGAUCACAGCAGCCCAAGCGCUCGCGCACGACUACUUUGCUCAGUACCACGAUCCUGACGACGAGCCCGUGGCCGACCCUUACGACCAGUCCUUCGAGAGCCGGGACCUGCUUAUCGAUGAAUGGAAAAGCCUGACCUACGAUGAAGUUGUCAGCUUUGUGCCUCCGCCCCUUGACCAAGAAGAGAUGGAAUCCUGAGCACCUGGUUUCUGUUCUGCUGAUCCCACUUCACUGUGAGGGGAAGGCCUUUUCACGGGAACUCUCCAAAUCUCAUCCAAGUGCCUCCUGUUGCGAAGAUCUCCUCCAUGGUGGAAGAGGGGUGUGUGCGUGCACGCAUGUGUGUGAGUGUGUGUGUCUGUCUUUGUGGGAGGGUGAGAGACUGAGCAGCAAACUGCGACCACAGUGACUCCGUGGCGUUCCAGACACCCCGUGGCCGCCUCUGCUCCCGCUUCUUCGUGAGUCGGCUCUUAGGGUUGUUCAGUGCAAAGUAACAAAUAUUCAGCGUCCUACAUCCAGUCAUGCUUUUACUCUUUUGGCCUCUCCUGUGGGCCCACUUUGACCACAGUGGCACAGAGAAGGCUCGCCCCUCUGGCUGCUGCAGCUCUGGAGCUGUCCUUGGGAUGCGUACAGCCACAAGGACCAACUGGCUCUGUGCGCCUGUCUGAGAGCUCGCUCGGUCCCAUUCUCAGAACUCAGCAGGUGUAUCUGGGACUCUACAUAUGUUUGUGCCUUAAAAGGGAGAAGAGAGUGCGGAGAUGAAGUUCUGAGCCAGGCGAGUAGUCAGCUGGGUGGACGACCUUGUGAAACAACCUUCAGAGGCUCCGUGUGCAUGUGUGGGCAUGCGUGUAUGUGCUGCUCUCUCAAUCCCGGGUGUUGUGCCAUUUCUCUGCUUGCCCCCCUUCAGUGCAGAGGUUUCUGGAGAAUUGGACCUAGUCGCCAGAGGCCGGCUCUUGCUGUCUGUGGACGUCCUGUGUGCUCUUUCUUCCUAGCAGAGUGAUGAUGUCUUGCACGCCUUGCUGUUUGAGCAUGCACAGCUGCUUGCCCUGUUUUUUCAGGAGGCCCUGGUGCCAGGCAAGUGCGCCAGUGAGGACUUCUUGGGAGUUCAGAACUCGUGUCACCUUGGCUGAUGCUAUGGGCAGGUGACAUCUUCUCUUCAGCCCCCCGUGCUAUUUUGUGUUGAACACAAUUGAUACUCCAGGUGCUUUUGAUGUGAAAAUUAUGAAGAAAUGGAACAGAUGGAUAUAUAGCAUUUUCUUUCCUGCCAUCUGGUUUUCAAGAAACUAUUUUUGAGGAGCCAUCAUGGGAAAGAUGGGGCUUUUCCCAGGAAACCUCAGCCUUUGGAAACAAGUCAUUCUCUCCCCUCCCAAUACCAAUGCUAAGAAACGCCGAAAUCAAAGUGAAAAAUAAACGCUCAUGAGGCCAGAACUCCUUUCUCUAUUUUUGUCUAAAUAUGGUUAUUUUUCUAAAAAAGUAAUGAGGUGUCUUUUCCACCUUUAGGAUCUUCUUGGCAGCGUAACGUUGGCUUCUUGGUCUCGGUUUAGGGAGAAAUGAAUUUUGUAUUUUGCAGGAAUCCUUUGAGAAUGUGAUUCCUUUGAUGGGGAGAAAGGGCAAAUUAUUGUAAUAUUUUGUAUUUUCAACUUUAUAAAGAUGAAAUAUCCUCAGGGGUGGAGAAGAGUCGUUUUCAUAAUUUUCUGAAUUUCAGGCAUCUUGUGCUACGUAAGGGCCCAGGUAUUUAAACCUUUUGUGAAAUGAGAAAGUGUAAGGCCACUUGCAGGGUCGGCCACGUGACAAAAUCUCUCACUGGCGCAAGGUGUUUCCAUUUCUGUCACAGUGCAGUGACUGCACUCCAGGAGGACAGCGUAGGGCCGAGUCAGCCGGAGCGAGGGCACGAGGCAGCUCAUGGUGGUCAUGCCACACCCGGGAUUGUCCCCUCUUUAAGGAAAAUGAAUGCAAAGGCCUCAUCUCCUGCGUGCAGUUCAGAUCCUCACAGCCCACCGCAGGGUGAAUUUUGUCAGCGUGUGGGGUUGUACGUGCUAGUGUGAUUUCCUCCGACGUGCUGCUCUGCAUACCUUCCCGUCCAGGUCUCUGCAGGUGUUAGGAGCUUAGCAGCCUGGGGAAGGGCUCCUGUGUCUGAGAAUCAUGCUCCCAUCUCCUGACUUCUCUGAGCAGAACUCAGAAGAGAGAAUGAGGGAAACUGCUAUUUUAUUUGUACUUGUGAACUUGGCUGUAAUCAGUUAUCCCAUAUAGGAUGUCACACAAUACCACUGGUCAAAAUAAAGCCUAUUUUUCAAAUUUA